GACCCUCGCUAGCCAAUCAGCGGAACGGGAGAGAAGAGGAGGCCCAAGUACACACGGGCGAUUUUUCGGGAGAAGAAGGCGAGUCGGAGCUUGUCUGUUGGUGUGGAGAACACGACGGGCAGUGGUGUGCUACAGACGAAGUUUAGUGCUCCACAGCUGCUUGAUAGAGGCGCUCGGCUACAGCUAGCGGCGAAGGCCAGCAGCCGGGAAAGUGGACGUCGAAGAAGAGAAAGCCUGCAACGUUUCCCGAGGCCGUUCCAGCUGAGGGAGAAUCUCAUAUAGGUCGUGGAAUAAGACUCAAAGCUAGUGUCUUCGUCGCGAUUUCCCAGGCCGGUCCCGGAGAGCUCGAAGCGAAGGUUACUGAUAACGGCAGCAGCUGCGUUUUGAAGAAGGCAAGAAGACGAGGGAUCAUCGUCAAUGGCGAGUGCAGCUACAGAGGACCCGCCUUUACCCGAGCCCAGGGCCCCACCGCCUCUAGCAGAUGACGCGACUGGCCGCUCUUCUAGGAGAGGAAGAUCUAGGAAAAGGAAAUCUGGAGAAGCCGGCGGCUCUGAGGGUCAGGAGAAAAAGCGGACGUUUGACGAUUUUUUCAACUUCUGCAGUUUCGUGCUGGCCUAUGAGGAGCAGCUGGAACGUCAGGCAAUGGCUUCAGAGAACAGCUCCCCACAUCCACCCACCACCAUCUCCACCAAUACCAAAGGACAACACAUCAGUAACAACUCCCACCACCAUCAAGACUCUAAUACAUCCGACCACAACGAAUCGCGUUCCAACGGCACGACGCCGAUAACAAUCGACACAUUGGCCAGCAGCCCUCCCCAGAAUCACCACCCUCACCGCCUCACCGGGAUCACACCUCCUCCCCCGUCCCCCCGGCAAGCACGGGAAGCACCAGCACCAGCAGUAGUGACAGUAGUGAGAGUGGGGAGGAGGAGAGGGGGAGGGGGGCUUCCGUCUCCGCCUCAAAAGACUCAAGCAACGAAGAACUGUUGGAGUACACCUCAGAGGAUGAAUCUUGGAACCUCGUGACGUGUUUCUGUCGACGGCCGUUUGCUGGGAGACCAAUGAUAGAGUGCUCCAAGUGCAAUACAUGGGUACACCUCUUUUGUGCCAAGAUUAGGAAAAGUUCAGUCCCUGAGGUAUACACGUGUCCAAAGUGCAUACCAAAGACCACCACGUCAACUAGCAGCAACAGAAGAUCCACCCCAGCCUCUUGAGCCCCCCUCACGACCUUUCUAGUCUCGUUUUCAAACUACAAAAUACUGCAACAGCAGACUUCACUAUUGUUAUAUUACUUUGUCAUUAGGCUGUGCUGAUUUCAGGCAUUCAUUUAUACACCUACUCAUCGCAGUCCCACAGAUCCUUCCUCCAUCCCUCCUCCUCCUCCCUCCUCCCUCCCUUCUCUCUCUCCCCCUCCUCCCUCACUUCUCUCUCUCCCCCACCUGUCCCUUCUCUAGCCCGCUGUGUCAGUUUAUUCAGCUGUAUUCUCAUCAUUCUCACUAUAUCACCCGACUAUGUAUCCCAUUGUAUACUGUGCAUCAAUGUCGCUGCUACUUUCUUUCCUUGCACUCUCUGUCCAUCACUUACCAGCCAAGUCCUCUAUCCGUUUCUUUCACGUCCAAUUUUAAUGUUUGUACAUUUUUCCUAUUGGUUGAUUCCUGUAUACUAACAC